CGGUACAGCGACCUUUGGCUGGCUCAGAUUCAGAUUGACCAGACUGCGGUCAUUCUUGAAUUACUCACGGCCCACAGUUAUCUAAAUUAAGUCACGAUUGAUGAGGCCUCAAUGCAUGUCGCCGAUAGAGCUUUCAGCACGCCAUUUGACCCGUCAGUUAAGUGAUUCCUGUUUAGAUAAUGUGUGGUAACCCAUCAAGCAAAGGAUGGUGGCCGCAGUGCAGGCCAUCAGUUGGCGAGGAGCCAGUGGUGGAUCACGAUGUUGCCCAGUGCGGUGCACAAUGUGAGCCUGGUCUACGCCCUGGUCUGGGCCAUCGACAACUACUACGGGAGGGGCAGCAGCACUCCGCUGGCCGUGGUGCAGUUCGCCACCAGCCGGCAGAGUCGGGGCAUCCACAACGACCUGAUAGACGCCGCCCUGGUCAGGUCCUCGGCAACGGGCCGAAUCCAGUUCCUGCUCGAGGACGAUCGCGUGGGGAUGACGGAGACGAGCGCAGAGCUGCCGCCGCCGAGCGGACUGACCGGCAGACCCAUGGCCAUCUGGUUCCUGGACAGCCUGCGCUCCUACUUCCGCCUAGAGAUGUAUCUCAGUCAGCUGGGCAGUCCGUACAAGCGGAAUGGCUACUUUGUGGUGGUCUACACCGGGCUGGAGGAGCAGCCCAUGGAGUCCGUGAAGAUCAUGUUCCGACGUCUGCUGAACAUGUAUGUGCUCAAUGUGAACGUGUUCCUGCAGCGCGAGGGCACGGUCCAGCUGUACACCUACUAUCCCUAUGGACCGCACCGGUGUCAGUCGUCGCUGCCCGUCUACUACACCGCCUUCCAGGAUCUGCCGGCUCCGGCCACGGGUUACGGCCUCACCAAGCCGCUCUUCCCCAGCAAGCUGGUCAACUUGCACGGCUGCGAACUGGUGGCCGUCACCUUCGAGCACCAGCCCUAUGUGAUCAUCGAGGAUGAUCCCAAGGUGCCGGGCGGCCGUGUGCUGCGCGGCAUCGAGGGCAUGAUCUUCCGGUCCCUGGCCGAGCGCAUGAACUUCACCAUUAAGAUGGUGGAGCGCCAGGACAAGGACCGCGGCGAAAUCCUGCCCGAUGGGAACUAUACGGGCAUUCUCAAAAUGAUGGUCGAUGGCGAGGCGAACAUGACCUUCGUUUGCUACAUGUACAACAAGGCGCGUUCGGAUCUGAUGCUGCCCAGUAUGUCCUACACGAGCUUUCCGAUCGUCCUGCUGAUUCCCAGUGGUGGCUCCAUGACGCCCAUGCAGCGAUUGACCCGCCCCUUCCGCUACAUCAUUUGGUCCUGCAUCCUGGUGAGCCUCGUCCUCUCCUUUCUGCUCAUGGCCCUUCUGAGGAUCGCUGCUGUGCCGGCACUGAGGCACCUAGUGCUGGGCAGGCACAACACUCAUCCGUAUCUGGGCAUGGUGAGCAGCCUGCUGGGCGGCCUGGCCCUGUACAAUCCGCGCAGGAACUUCGCCAGAUACCUCUUGAUCCUGUGGCUCCUGCAAACCCUGGUCCUUCGAGCCGCCUACACGGGUCAGUUGUAUCUCCUGCUGCAGGACGUGGAGGUGAGAUCCCCGCUGCAAACUCUCGCCGAGGUGUUGGCCCAGGACUACGAGUUCCAUAUGCUGCCCGCCCUGCAGCCGAUCUUCAGGGACUCCAUGCCCUGGACCAAUAUCAAAACGGUGUUCUCGCUGGAGGCCUCAAUGGUUCGCCUGCGGGACGAAGAUGAUCCGGGUAUUGCGGUGCCGCUGCUGCAGCCCACUGUCUACCAGUUCGACUAUCGAUCGGGACCAAAUCGGCGGCAUCUGACUGCCCUGGCCGAUCCUCUGAUGACCGCGCCCCUGACCCUGUACAUGCGACCGCACUCCUACUUCAAGCGACGCGUGGAUCGUCUGCUCAUGGCCAUGAUGUCAUCGGGCAUCGUCUAUCGAUACCGGAGGAUGUAUCUGGACCGCAUCGAACGGCUGGCCAGGCGGCGCAACAUGGAGCCGAGGCCCCUGACCAUCUGGCGACUGGGCGGGGUAUUCCUCUGCUGUUCAGUACUCCAAUUCCUGGCCAUCCUCGUUUUUUUCCUAGAGGUUUUGGCCAGGAAUCAUCCGCUUUUGGGAAGGGCUUUGAAUGCUAUCAAUCGAUACACGGCAUGAGCUUUUUAUUGCAACAAUUUAAUAUUAUUUAAGUAAUAAAAUAUAUUUUAGUGAAA